CUGUCCGGCUGCUCUCACUCUGCUACAUGAGUACCGCACUUCCCCAGCAGCGCUUGUAACUAGCAACUUCUCUGGACCGAUUGUUUUUUUUUUUUUUUUCCCUUUUCACCGAUCUAACCCAUCCCCUCCCCUAUCCCCCCGCCACCCCACCUCCUAAAGGAAACUGCACUUCAAGACAGUUGAAUGAAUGAAAAGAGACGUGGAGAACCAUUAAGGAACAGGCUGGACAGACUGGACUAUUCACUUAUUUUCUAAUAUCUUGGAAACUUUGUCCUCCAUUGAAUUACGACACUGUCCACCUUUAAUUUCCUCGAAAACUCCUGUAACUCGGCUGAAGUGCUGUGUACAGCUUACUUAAUACGGAACCGCCGUAUGGUUGAUCCAGGUGCGCAAAAGGUGUACAAAAGCAGGAGAGAAAGUGUUCACUUGACCAGGCUGAGUGUAUAUCACCCUGUUUCGUUUCCAGCCAUGCCCUGUGUUCAGGCUCAGUAUGGGUCAUCGCCUCAAGGAGCCAGCCCAGCUUCCCAGAGCUACAGUUACCACUCUUCGGGAGAAUACAGCUCCGAUUUCUUAACUCCAGAGUUUGUCAAGUUUAGCAUGGACCUCACCAACACUGAAAUCACUGCCACCACUUCUCUCCCCAGCUUCAGUACCUUUAUGGACAACUACAGCACAGGCUACGACGUCAAGCCACCUUGCUUGUAUCAAAUGCCCCUCUCCGGACAGCAGUCCUCCAUUAAAGUGGAAGACAUUCAGAUGCACAGCUACCAGCAACACAACCACCUGCCCCCACAGUCCGAGGAGAUGAUGCCGCACUCAGGCUCCGUUUAUUACAAGCCCUCGUCGCCCCCGACGCCCUCUACUCCCGGCUUCCAGGUGCAGCACAGCCCAAUGUGGGAUGACCCAGGCUCUCUCCAUAACUUCCACCAGAACUACGUGGCCACCACCCACAUGAUAGAGCAGAGGAAAACGCCGGUGUCUCGCCUCUCUCUCUUCUCCUUUAAGCAAUCGCCCCCGGGUACCCCAGUAUCCAGCUGCCAGAUGCGCUUUGACGGGCCCCUCCACGUGCCCAUGAACCCGGAGCCGGCAGGUACCCACCAUGUGGUGGACGGGCAGACCUUCGCUGUGCCUAAUCCCAUCCGCAAGCAAGCGGCCAUGGGUUUCCCAGGGUUGCAGAUCGGUCACGCCUCGCAGCUGCUGGACACACAGGUGCCGUCUCCUCCUUCCCGGGGAUCCCCGUCCAACGAAGGGCUGUGUGCUGUUUGUGGGGACAACGCAGCUUGCCAGCACUACGGCGUGCGCACUUGCGAGGGUUGCAAAGGUUUCUUUAAGCGCACAGUCCAGAAAAAUGCGAAAUACGUUUGUUUAGCAAACAAAAACUGCCCUGUUGACAAGCGGCGCCGAAAUCGCUGUCAGUAUUGCCGAUUUCAGAAGUGCCUUGCUGUUGGGAUGGUUAAAGAAGUGGUUCGUACAGACAGUUUAAAAGGUCGGAGAGGUCGUUUACCGUCGAAACCGAAGAGUCCCCAGGAGCCCUCUCCCCCCUCUCCCCCGGUGAGUCUGAUCAGUGCCCUGGUGAGAGCCCAUGUCGACUCCAACCCGGCUAUGACCAGCCUGGACUAUUCCAGGUUCCAGGCUAACCCUGACUAUCAGAUGAGUGGAGAUGACACUCAGCAUAUUCAGCAGUUCUAUGAUCUCUUGACCGGCUCCAUGGAGAUCAUCAGAGGAUGGGCAGAAAAGAUUCCAGGCUUCACUGAUCUUCCCAAACCAGACCAAGAUCUACUUUUCGAAUCUGCUUUCUUGGAACUGUUUGUCCUGCGAUUAGCAUACAGGUCCAACCCAGUGGAGGGUAAACUCAUCUUUUGCAAUGGGGUGGUCUUGCACAGGUUGCAAUGCGUUCGUGGCUUUGGGGAAUGGAUUGAUUCCAUUGUUGAAUUCUCCUCCAACUUGCAGAAUAUGAACAUUGACAUUUCUGCCUUCUCGUGCAUUGCUGCCCUGGCGAUGGUUACAGAGAGACACGGACUCAAGGAACCCAAGAGAGUGGAAGAACUGCAGAGCAAGAUUGUAAAUUGUCUCAAAGACCACGUGACUUUCAAUAAUGGGGGUUUGAACCGCCCCAACUAUUUGUCCAAACUGUUGGGGAAGCUCCCAGAACUUCGCACCCUGUGUACACAGGGGCUACAGCGCAUUUUCUACCUGAAACUGGAAGACUUGGUACCACCUCCAGCAAUAAUCGACAAACUUUUCCUGGACACAUUACCUUUUUAAGACUUUCUCCAGCUUACUUCAAAUGAACUGGAAAGGAACGUGAACUGUCUGAGGGUGGGAAUUCCCACGUGCACAAAAGCACCUCUGGGUGCCUCUGCUCCAUCCCCCCCUUCCCAAUUUCCUAACCCAUCUCUCAACCUCCUGCCCCUACAUCUCCCCCACCCAAAACAAAACUGUUGCUAUUUCCUAACCUGCAGGCAGAACGUGAAAGGGCAUUUUGGCUCUGGGGCAUCCUGGAUUUAGAAUAUGGACUACACACAAUACAGUGGUAUAAACUUUUUAUUAUCGGCUUAAAAAAAAGAAUUUGUGAUUCAGAAGAAGGACUUCUAUUGUAAGACGAAAAAUGUCUGAUCACGCCGGGUGCUGCAGCUAAGACAGAUUGAAUACACACACAAAAGUAUUAAGGUGACCCACAAAGUAUCGCCCUUUUAAAGACAAAGUUUUCUGCUGUAAAAGAAAGCUGUAAUAUAUAGUAAAACUUAAUGUUGCGUGGGUGGCAUGAAUUAAAGAAGGCAAAGGCUUGUAAAUUUAUCCAAUGCAGUUUGGCUUUUUAAAUUAUUUUGUGCCUAUUUAUGAAUAAAUAUUAAAAAAUUCUAAAAGAUAAA